GCAGGGUGGCGCCACGAAAGACCUUCACAACGACGAGUUUGGCGUAACGCUGUACCUGCGGCCAGGCUCGCUCGGGUGCGUGACGUGGGUCAUGCGCGCGCUCGAGGCGCAGCCAAAAGAGGGGAAGCUGGACGACCUUUUGGACACGAUGCUCGAGGAAGCGCCCGUGACGGUCUCCGACAUGGGGAACGUGAUGAAGCGGUUGAUGGAGCAGCGGAGGUGGCGGCGCUUGUUGCAGGUCCUCGAAUACCUCGAAGCCCGCAACUUCGCGCUCGCGUCCUACUACCACAUCGCGAUCGACGCGCUCGGCCGGUGCCGUCGCUACAAGGAAGCGGGCGAGCUGUUCCGCUCGGAACGGUGCCCCAAAAACACGUUCACGUACAAUGUCGUCAUGCAAAUCUACACGCGCCAAGGGAAGAUCGAGAAAGCGGAGGAGGUCUUCAAGGAGAUGCGGACAGCAGGGGUGGUGGUCGAGGCGCGGACGUACAACGUUCUUAUCGACUAUUACUAUAAGCGGAGGGGGGGCUUCGAUAAGGCGCUGGAGCUGUACCGGCAGAUGCUGGCGGAAGGCAUCGACCCAGACCGAGUGACGUACAGCAUGCUCAUCAGCGGCUGCGGGCGGCUCGAGCGCAACCUUCCGGAGCAAGCGCUCGCGUUCUUUAAGGACAUGAAGGAGCGCCAGGUGGAGCCGGACUUGCCGGUUUACAACGCGCUCAUUGAUACGCUUGGGAAGGCGGGGAUGUGCGACGAGGCGGCGGCAGUGCUUGAGGGCAUGGAAAACACGGACUGGCGGCCAAACAUCGUAACAUACACAUCGCUGAUCGACUCGUAUAGCCGGCGAGGUCGCUGGGAAGAUGCGGAGGCCAUUCUGGAGCGUAUGAAGGAGGAAGGGAAGCGGCCGAACGUGGUCACGUAUACGUGCAUGCUGAACGCGUAUGGCGUGGCGAAGCUGAUGGAUAAGGCGGAAGGGGUCAUCGACGAAAUGAAAGCAGCGGGCUUGUACCCCAACAUCAUGACCUGGACGUCGCUGCUGUUCCACUACGGGCAGUCGGGCAUGCUGGAGGAGGCGAAGGACGUGCUCAUACGUAUGGAAGAUGCGGGGUGCCGGCCCAACCAGGCCACCUACACGUCGCUCAUCCAGGCCUUCAUGAAGGCGAUUCGGUACGAAGACGUGCUCACCGUUUUCGAAGCCAUGAAGGAAGAUUCGGUGCAGCCAGACGAGGUGGCCUACCUGUGCGUGCUGCGCGCAUUGGUCGAUAGUGGCGCCCCAGAACAGGUGCCCCGCGUGUAUGAGGAGCUGCUGAAAGCGCGCAUCACGCCGGGGGCCAAAGUGGAGCUCGUGCGGACCGAGGCUUACUUCAAGAUGAACCAAGUCGACGAGGCGAAGGCCAUCUUCGCUGCGAUCCCCGCCCCCGACAAGAUUGCCUACGACCAGUUCAUCAACCUGCUAGCCAAAGUGGGGCGUGCGGCAGACGCAUACCUAGCGCUCGAAGACAUGAAAACGAAGGGAAUCGAGGUGUCGCACUACGCGUACUCGGGGGUCAUUUUGGCCUACUGCAACGGGGGGGGGGACGACGGGGUGCUGCGCAAGGAGCGGAUCCUGGAGUUUUUGCAGGAGAUGCGCGACCUAGAAAUCGAGCCGAGCGCUGCCGUUUACAACGUCGCAAUCAAUGCGUUUGCGGUGCGCAACAUGUACAGCGAGGCCGAGGAGAUGUACCGGCACAUGCAGGACAACAAGGUGGAGCCGGACGCGGUCACCUUCGAAACGCUGAUGAGCAUGUACACGGAGAUGCACGACGUCAAGCAGGCGCUGGGCGUUUUCCGCUACAUGACCGCCGUCGGCUACCUCCCGUCCACGUACGCCUUCUUCCUCCUUGUGCGCGCGUGCGAGCUCGCCGGCUCGCGCACCGCACCCCGGCCGCACAUCUUCGACAUUCUAGAGGACCACGGCAUCACGGUUGACGUCACGUUUGUCGACAUGCUCGCCGAGUCGCUCUGGUGGCACCGCGGCCGCCGGCAAACGGUCCUCGACGUGCUCGAAACCGCGCGCAACGUCGGGCUUUACCCCGCGGAGCAUAAGGAAUCUCCGGACGAAUGGACGCUCGUACUGGAUACGUCGUCCGAGGGCACGUGCCAAGGGAUGGUGCUGGUAUGGUUAGCGGAGGUCCGGUUAGCAUUCGAGCAGAAGGAGAAGGGACCAAAGCGGUACGCGGUUACGGUCAGCGCAGACGGGUUAGCGGGGAGCUUUGGCGGGUUGCCCAUCGGGCUAGGCGCGGUUAAGGAGACGUUGGACGAUAUGGGGAGUCCGUUUGUGCUGCGGGAAAAGGGUGGGAGUGGGGGCGGAGGGCCCAGGCUGGAGGCCGAGGCGCCCGCCGUGCAUAGUUGGCUGAUUCAACCGGAGGUUAAGGUUAAAUUGAUAAACCCGGAGGCCGACCUGGUUAAGUCAUGA